AACGCCACUUCUGCCGCUGAUGAUUCGUUGUUCGGUUCCGAAUAUCGGCGAAACCUCUGUAUUCCUGCUGGGAUGUUGGUGUUUAUCGCAGCUUUAUUGAGCCAUGCAUAUGCUCCCUAUGUGGUACCGGCAGCAUUGAUCAUCGGAGGUUUUCGGUUUCUGAAGGGCCGCAAGUAUUGGUGUGGCGUUGGGGUUGUUGAUAGAGCUUGCCAUUAAGUUAACGGUUGUGUUAAAGAUGGCACAAGGGGAGUGUCGAGAGUAGAUAAAUUUGGGUGGAAAGGGUUUACACCCGUAGAAGCCACAGCACAGUCUCACGACACUGGAAUGUAAGCCCAUAGAGUAACUUCAUGGUCACACCGGUGUGACUUCUGCGACCACCGACAGAGCCCCCGGCAGCUAUAAAUUCGCUCUCCCAGGCUCUACCGGCGCCCUUGAGCUUCCGAUCGGUUAACCCAUUGAAUUCCCUGCAAAAACUAGCGGUGCAGAUCUAGUUCGGUCUUACACGCUUGUAUCUUCUGACGAGACCGACCGUGGAUCCUCCAGUGUGUGCUGACCAAGUCCUAUACAGCCGGAAACAUUUCCGGCAUAUUGCAUCGCUCGAGAUCGGGCAGAUCAUUAGCACCAAGGGUCCAAAGGGACAAUUCGUGUGUCGGUCUGGCUUCGUACGCGCAUUCGGGAUGAUUCCUAGAGGUGUGAUACUAGUUUAGCUCCUAUACUCCAGGCCGUUAGGGCUAUUGUCAGGAACCCAGAGGAUAGGAUAGGUUGAUUUUAUAUUCGCCAAUAUGAGCCCGGGAGAUAUCUUGCUGAGGGGUGAACUUGAUGGAGUGGUCAGAACACAUGGCAACUUUCUGGUCCACCAUUUGUUGAAUAAUACCCCCGAAGCCUGGAAGGAUGGGCUGGGUUCGUGACGGAGUAUAUGAUCAAAGUGAGGCUUUCUGAUCUCGCUUGUCCAGCUAUCAAAAUUUUCUCUCCGCAUCUGUUGUGUUUGUUGGGUGAGACAUGAAAUGAUAAAUUUGGGCUGAUAGCGGUGAUAUGUAAUUGAUAAAAUAUGUCCUUCACCCCCCGCCGAUACUAACAUUCUGCUCCGCGAUCCUCCUCCUAUGGCCGGUGCUAGGAGGAAAGCUACUGUAGCUCUAGGCUACAAGCCCGUUAAGCCCGUGUCCACCCUGCUCGGCCAAGCUUUCAGUUUC